AUGAUGCUGCAUUCUACUUUGGCCCUCUGUGUCUUGCUGAUCACGGUUUCUUCUAACCUUGCCAUUGCUAUCAAAAAAGAAAAGAGACCUCCUCAGACACUCUCAAGAGGAUGGGGAGAUGACAUCACUUGGGUACAAACUUAUGAAGAAGGUCUCUUUCAUGCUCACAAAAGUAACAAGCCAUUGAUGGUUAUUCACCACCUAGAAGACUGUCAAUACUGUCAAGCACUAAAAAAGGAAUUUGCCAAAAAUGAAGAAAUACAAGAAAUGGCCCAGAAUGGCUUUAUCAUGCUGAACCUCAUGCAUGAGACCACGGAUAAGAACUUGUCGCCAGAUGGGCAGUACGUGCCGAGGAUCAUGUUUGUUGACCCUUCUUUGACUGUCAGGGCUGAUAUAACAGGAAGAUACUCUAACAGACUGUACACAUAUGAACCCCAGGACUUACCCUUGUUGGUGGACAACAUGAAGAAGGCACUAAGGCUUAUCCAGUCAGAGUUGUAA